AUGGUGUUUGAAAAGUUGUUUAUGAAAAUUUUAAAUAAAGAAAGGAAGCCGAAGCAAAUUAGCAUUUUAAUCAUCGGCCUUAAUAAUUCUGGAAAAUCAACGAUUGUAAACUUUUUCAAAAACAAAGAUGUUCGAAAGUCUGUCUCAAUACCGACAAUUGGUUUCAACAUUGAACACUUUGAGAAUCAAGGUGUAUCGUUCACAGCUUAUGAUAUGGCUGGAAUUGGCAGGUAUCGGAAUUUAUGGGAACACCAUUUUAAAACAUGUAAUGGAAUUGUUUUCGUGAUUGAUUCCAGUGAUCGAAUGCGCUUAGUUGUUGUUAAGGAUGAGUUGGAUUUGUUGCUUCAACAUCCGGACUUGAAACGCCGCAGGGUUCCUAUUCUUUUUUUUGCUAAUAAAAUGGAUUGUAUCGAUGCGCUAUCAUCUGUUAAAAUUGCUGCUGGAUUAAAUUUGGAGAAAGUGGAUAAUAAACCUUGGCAAAUAUGCUCAUCGAACGCAUUGAGUGGCGAAGGUUUGCAAAAUGGAGUUCACUGGUUAACGUCACAGAUAAAAGAAUGUGUUCUAACGCCACCCGAUAAAGAAGUUUACGACUAAAAUGACGUGAUGAAUGUUUCGUGAAUUUCGAGACAAAAUGAAAAUGAACAUUUCAUGUUUGUUUUUUGGAAAGCUUUUAUUUCAUGGAUAAUUUGCAAUGUUUUUGUUUAAUUUUUGGCUCAUAUGUGAAUAAAAUUCGGAGACAUGUAACUGAUAUCUUAAGAC